AUGGUGGAUCAGGGCAACAUCCGAACGCGACUCCGCAACCUUCCGGUUCUAGAAGGUCCAUUCGCCAAGGUGAACUUUGCCAACUUUCCCGACACCCCUCAGGAUGCUUUCAGAAUGUGGUUGGAUGAGGCGAUGAUGGCCGGCGUUAAAGAGCCCCAUGCCAUGACGCUGGCCACGGUUGACGAACAAGGUUACCCAGACGCUCGGGUCCUCAUCCUGAAGAAUGUCGAUGAUCGUGGCUGGCACUUCGCCGUCAAGGCAGAUAGCCCGAAAGCUCAGCAGCUGGAGACCAAUGGACAUGCCGCUCUAACAUUCUAUUGGCCCCAGGUCGGUCGGCAAAUCCGGUUGCGCGGAACAGCCGUGCCGCUGCCAGAGGCUGAGUGCAGGGAGGACUUCGCCGAGCGUCCGUUCAAAUCGAGGAGGACGGCUUCCAGAAGUGGAGACUUUAUGCCGUUACGCCAAUGGUGGUUGAGUUUUGGCAAGGGUCAAACGAUCGCCUUCAUUAUAGGCUACGAUAUGUGCCGGAGAGAGAAGAACAGGGUCAUUGGCAAAGGGACCAAUUGUGGCCAUGACAUUCUCUCUACGUCGCCGAAACACCAUUCUGUGCUUUCACAAAGAUCCGGACAUUUUGAGGGCAAAAUCGGUGUUCAAAUGGCGUUCGACAGCUGGUCCCAAUCUAUUGCCCGGGGCGACUACGACCGGGUGGCGACGGCAUACGACGACGCGUUGAAGGCCAACACAGCGCUGCGCGUCGAAUACCGGACAUGCGACGAGCCAUGCCAAUGGCGCCUCCUCAUGCUAACGCCGUUCGGCGAGGAAGAACUGCGCGGACUUUCCCUCGGCACAGACGGGGGCUCCUACUGCACGAUCACGGAUAUCACCGAAGAGAAGCGGGCGGAGAUCUCACAGAAGAAGAUCGCUGAAGAGGCACAACGGCGGAAGGAACAACAAGAACGCUUCAUCGAUAUGAUUAGCCACGAAGUCCGGAAUCCGCUUUCCGCCAUUUUACAUUGCACCGAAGACAUUUUAGAAGCCGUGCAGGAGAAGGAUCGACGGGACAUCCGGGUCGAGGACAUUGCGCAAGCGGCGGAAACCAUCAGUCUUUGCGUUGCACAUCAGAAGAAGAUUGUCGACGAUGUGCUGACGUUUUCAAAGUUAGACGCAGAAAUGUUUACUUUAAUACCACGGCGCGUCCAGCCACGACAACAUCUAGCCAUGUCGUUAAUGAUGUUUCGGCCGGAGCUGCGGAAACAUGACAUCGACUUCGAAUACAAGCUGGACCACUCCUACGUCGACUGUGGAGUCGACUGGGUUAUCGCCGAUCUCGACCGCAUGAGUCAAGUCCUCGUGAACCUACUCUGCAAUGCGAUCAAAUUCACGGCCAAGGCGGGCGACGAGAAGAAGAUCUCCGUAUUCAUGGGCGCCUCCAAGGUGCGCCCAACAUCCUACCCACCCAACGUGGUCUUCUUCAAAUCAGAUGAGUCGGCUCUGCGGCUCAAUGCGACGAACCGGCCCGAGUGGGGGGAGGGUGGCGUGGCCUAUAUGAUGGUCGCAGUAAAGGACACGGGUAUUGGAAUCAGCGAGGAAGCGCAGAAACGGCUCUUUGAACGAUUUAAUCAAGCCACCCCGAGAACGGAGUCGAUCUACGGCGGCUCAGGGCUCGGUCUCAACGUCAGUCGAAGGCUCUGCCAUUUACACGGGGGCGAAAUUGGCGUAAACUCGAAGGAGGGUCACGGAAGUACAUUCGGCUUCUUUUUCACCGUUCGUCGAAGCGUCGAGAGCUCCCCGACCAAGCCGCCUCGACAAGAACAGGGGGCGAUCGCUCAGUUAUGCCGGGACGUCCAAGCGCUCAGCAGCGAGGUGACGGAAGGGACGACCGAGAUUGCCAAUCCGGCCAUUCCCACCAGUCCUGAGAUGACCCAUGUGAAGGAAGUCUCUCCCAGCGCGUCCAAGGACUGGACCUGGCAGCAUACCGCCCAAAUCGCCUACGACGCAGGCGACACGGAGGUGAGGCGUCACAGUCCUACUAUCACUGCCCCGUCCGCCGACCAAUCACAAUAUCCCGGAAAACAACCAACUCAAGUACCACGGUCUCAGCCAGGCACAACCAAAGAACGACGGGUGCUGGUGGUAGAAGAUAAUGUGAUCAACCAGCGUAUUGUGGCGCGCAAGCUCGAGUCCUUGGGGUUUCGGGUGACCGCGGUCAGUAACGGGCGCGAGGCUCUGGAUAUGGUCCAGCAAAGUACAUUCGACUGCAUCUUAAUGGAUCAGGCAAUGCCGGUGAUGGACGGAAACUCGGCGACGCGAGCCGUUCGCGAUCUCGAGAAACAUGGGAUGGCGCAUGUCCCGGUUCUGGGCGUCACUGCAAAUGUCCGGGCGGAGCAGCAAGCGGAGAUGAAGGCGGCCGGCAUGGACGACGUUAUUCAUAAGCCAUACAAGAUGCGAGACCUUUGCGACAAAAUUCAACAGUUGAUGAGUUGA